GACAGCAAGUGCUAGGAAUGAGUUUGAUUAGGCGGAACAAAGCGUCAGUCCUGCAGCGAAUAGUAAUGUUUUCUAGUGAAUAUUAGUUGGUUUUGUUUGAACUUCCUGCGCAAAAAGCCGGCGAAAUUGUAAACAUUGUGCAAUAAUUCGCUAUGGGUAAAAUGGAAAGCUAAGAUUUCGAUGAUCACCAUUCACGCGUGCGUGCAUUCUCACUGAGUUCCCGUUGCCCUACCGUCUUAACCUACCCGACAAAUAGAAUAGCUUUUUUUCUCACAGCGAUGGCAAAAUCGAGACAAAAUUCUACGAGAAAGAUGGCAUCCAAAGGAGGCGCAUUAGAACUUUUGUCUGCUUUUGGGAAAAGUAUAUCAAAGCCUUUAUUUUCUUCAAACCUUUCAAGCAGUGCAUCAGUGUCACGAACACCUUCUUUUACUGGUCCAAGUGGUGUGAUAGAAAAUUUGUCUUCUUUGCAUGCUGAGCUUGAUGGAUUGCUUGGUGAAACAGAAGAGAAUAGUGGUACAAUUAGGUCGAAUUCGUAUGAUGGUAACAAACAAGCUCGAUAUUUGCUCAGAAUUCGUCGUUCGCAUUGGAAGGAUGCAUCUAAGACUCAGACUUGUAUGAGAUGCAGCAAAUCGUUUAGCUUUACAAGCAAAAAAUUCAAUUGCAGAAGAUGUGGUAAUGUAUUUUGUGACACAUGUUGCCAGUAUAGAAGAAGGCUAUCCCCGGAAUGCAUUCCUGAUCCUCAAGGGAAUGUGUAUAGAGUCUGUUACACAUGUGCUGAUUUAAAUUCUCAGCCUAUUGGUGAAAUCCAAAACUUGACUAACUUAUUUCAUGAACACAGAAAAAAUAAAAGAAUGACAAUAUCCAAUGAACUUCCACGUCUAGUUCAAGGAUUCGAAAAGUUUGUGGAUCCAACAUCAAGGUUGAAAACAGUGAUGAGUAAUACGUUUUCCGUUAUGAAAGUUCCGGAAUGGCAAAAGUCUGCAAAAUGGCUUGAAAGUUCCGAAGUUGAAUGGUGCACAAAAUGUUCAGUGAAAUUUUCACUUUUAAACAGCAAACAUCAUUGCAGAUUAUGUGGUUCGGUAUAUUGUGGUAAAUGUUGCAAAGCCAACUUAUUAUUAUACUUUACCGAACAAAAGAAAGGCGUGGCUGCGUUAAUUAAUGUGGUUGGUUGUCCGGACAAGGAACCACCAAUAUGUCUGUACAUGCCCAUUUGUUUGCUGUGCCAGGAAGACUUGGAGGAAUACCAGGUUCAGCAGUAUCAUUUAACCGAAGCAGAAAAAGAUGCACCGAAAGGAAGUUUAAAAGAAGUUGGGGAGAUCCACGAUCGUUUGAGAAAGAUUGAACAGAAACUAGAAGUGUCUCUUCCCCGUUUUCAAGAGUUGGUGGAGGCGUACGUUUUUGAACCGAACGUUAAUGAAAGCGGUCAAAGUAACGUGGAAUUCUUUGCGAAACUUCAAGGCGACAUUUCUGAUUUGUUUACACAGUACGCCGUCGUCAUUCAAGGAUUAAAAAAGUUCGAGUUGUCGACCAAGACGGAGUUGAAAAUCAUGAAGAAUAUGAUCACAAUCAAAUGUAAACAGUACAACCAAGGAAUGAAUUUAUUUAAGAAUUUGAAAGUUAACUUGGAUAAAUCACUUCCUGCCAAGGCUUUGGAGCAAUUUCAAAAUUAUGCUAACAUGCAAGCUAUAAACAAUACGUUUGUCAUGACGCGCCAACUUGGGUUUGAGGCGUUAAAUCUUGCAACAAAACAUGGCUUUGAAACAUCACUAGCGGAAAAACUGAGCGAAGUGGAUCAGAUUUGUUACAAUGAACUGAAAGUCUAUGUGCAGAAGUCCAACGAGGACUGGGACGAGCACUUAGAAAUUUUAAAUCAAUUUUUAAAGCAGCAGCUGAAGGAGAAGAAGUUAGUGUCGCCAAGUUCGGAAUUGACGUCGAAAGAUGGUCAAAGAUACGUACAUCACUUUUUAAUCGAACGUAGCUGUUCAGUUCUUUAUCAAGUUUUAAGAGCGUUAAAAGCGAAAUCUUCGGAGAAGCAGUUCCCACUAUCUAAAAGUGCACUGCAGUCUCUCUUGAAUACAGUUUCCGAACAGACUACAAAACAAGGACGGUACAAAAGGACAAGUACUUUACGAACAUAGAUGCGUUCUAGAGUUUUGAUAUUAAAAUAAGAGAUUUUUGUCAAAUAUGCAUGGAUUAUUUUUUGUAUAUUUUUAAGUAGAUUUUUUAUUUUUUUAUAAAUUUUAAUUUAUUGUAGAUACAAUAAUUAUUACUUGUUUUGGUGACAUUUUUUAAGUUUGUUGUUGUUGUUGUUUUUAAAAAUUUAAUCCGGAAAAGUAUUGUGAAAAAGUAACUGAAUUAUACCCGAUUUUGUCUGCUUCGACUAUAUGUUGCAUGGACCUUUGAACUUGUUUUUUUCUAUAUUUUUCUCUUCUUUUCUUCACCCCGGUUUUUCGUCAGUCCACUAUGAGCAUUCCCUAACUUAAAAAAGAACUUUGUUGUGCCAGGAGCAUACAAAUGUAUCAGUAUUUUAAAAUUUGAUGAAAAUAUUUUUGACGAGUUUUUGUGAAAUAUGGAAUAUAUUUUUUAAAAAAAAAAUAAUGUUAUUGUUGUAUA